AUGACACCUAAGUUAAAAAUGAAGGAUUAUGAAAACCUUUGUAAAUGGUUUAAAAGAUUAAGUAACAGAAAAAGUUUACCUCUCUUGGCUGAAAAAAAAGAAGAUCGUCUGAAAAAUUUUACCAACUUUUCAUUAUAUCAUAUUAUGGAAAAAUAUGAAUUUGUACCUAACUUUAUUUUAAAAACUGAAUUCUUAUAUCCUUUAUUAUAUAAAAACCCAGAAGUGUUAAAGCAAUCAUAUUUUAAUCAUCAUAAACUUUCAACUGAGCAAAAUAAAACAGAAAUUAACAGUUCAUAA